GGAGGAGUGAGCGAGGGAGAGUUGGAUGAGUAACAGCCAUGUGGCAGAUAGGACAGGUAGCAACAGGUAGGAGCACUGGCUAGCAGAGCGCUAGCUAUAGUGAGCAUGAGCAUGGUGUGAUCUGAGCUAGGCAGACUCUGCCUGGACUAACCUGGACCAGCCUGGACUAACCUGGACCUGGGGCUUUCCUGGACUCAGAUGACUGCACCUGCACUCACCUGAUCCCACACCUGGAGACACCUCAACUCGGACAAGCUCGGAAGUCAAAAAGGGGAUGUUCCGCCGGAGGAAGAAGAAGCGGGGGCUGGAGAUCUCGGCGCCGCGGGACUUCCAGCACCGCGUGCACACGUCGUACGACGCGGCGCGGGGCUGCUAUGUGGGCCUGCCCCCCCAGUGGCAGAGCCUCAUCGAGAACCUGCGCAGACCCCUGCCUCUGGUGGACCCCUCCACCGUCACCCAGGUGGAGCUGGUGCCCAGGAAGACCAUAGUGCGGGGCAGCUUCAUCGGACACGAGGACUACAUCACCCAUGUGAUCGCCGAGAUGACAAAGCUGUCCGUCACCAGCUCCAACACGCUGCGCCGGACCAGCCUGUUGGCACGGAAACGGGCCCAGUCGAUGGGCCGGCUGGGAGAGCUGGAGGAGGGGGACACCUACCAGUACCUGGAGCUCACCCAGGGGCAUGGGCCCAACCCGGCCAGUGCCACCUACUGGCAGGACCGCAUACGGCAGGUCCGCAGCGAGAGCGGCAGCCCCAAGCUGCAGGCCAAGACCGGCGUCUCUCUGCCCGCCAACGGCGUGCUUCCCCGGGCCAAGUCCUCCUACGAGAUCGACUUCCACCCGACGCCGGCCCCCAGCGAACCCCCGGCCCCCGCCGCCCCCGGGAUCAGAAGGACAGGCAGCCUCAUGGGCAACCACGCCCGCAACGAGAGUGCCGGACCCCCCAUCGGCCCCGACCCCAGCCCUGGGAACAAGAGGCCGGCGUCCGCCCACUACGGCGCGCAGACGCCAGAGACGGGUUCCAGGUUGAGCAGGAGGGUGAAGCCAGCGGGGAACCACCUCCCUGACCUGCUGUCCACCGCCAAGGGCGGACCCCGCAGACCCCACUCCUCCUACGACCUCCACCCGGGCUCAGCGAGCACGUCUCCACUCCCUCCGCCCAACGGCACCAGCAGCCCGAUCGCCGGCCGCCUCGUGGCCCCCCACCCGUUGACCCCGCCCCCGAGGUAUACCACCAGGUCUACCGCAGGAGGCCUCGCCCCAAUGCCGAGCCCCGCCCCCUCCUCCCAGCCCCCGCCCGGGCCCAGCCCCGGGUCCACCAGGGUGACCCACCAGCAGUUCAAGGCGGCGCUCCAGAUGGUGGUGGGCCCCGGGGACCCCCGCACCUCGCUGGAGAACUUUGUGAGGAUCGGCGAGGGUUCGACGGGCGUAGUCUGCAUCGCACGCGAGCGCCACAGCGGGCGGCAGGUGGCCGUGAAGAUGAUGGACCUGAGGAAACAGCAGCGCAGGGAGCUGCUCUUUAACGAGGUGGCGAUCAUGAGGGACUACCGGCACCAGAACGUGGUCCAGAUGUACCGGUCGGCCCUGGUGGAGGAGGAGCUCUGGGUCAUCAUGGAGUACCUCCAGGGCGGCGCCCUCACCAACGUGGUUAACGAGACCAGGCUGAACGAAGAGCAGAUAGCUACGGUGUGUGAGGCGGUCCUGCAGGCCUUGUCUUACCUCCACUCCGAGGGAGUUAUCCACCGUGACAUCAAGAGCGACUCCAUACUGCUAGCCUUGGACGGCAGGGUGAAGCUGUCAGACUUUGGCUUCUGCGCUCAGAUCAGCAAAGACAUAGCCAGGAGAAAGUCUCUUGUGGGGACGCCAUAUUGGAUGGCCCCAGAGGUGAUCUCCAAGACCCCCUACGGACCAGAGGUGGAUGUGUGGUCUCUAGGCAUCAUGGUGGUGGAGAUGGUGGAUGGUGAACCUCCGUAUUUCAGCGACACGCCAGUGGUGGCGAUGAAGAAAAUCAGAGAUGACCCCGCCCCCACCGUCAGGAACCCCCACAAGAUGUCUCCAGCUCUGAAGGACUUCCUGGGCUGCAUGCUGACCCGGAACACCGUCCAGAGGGCCACCUCCGCCCAGCUCCUCACCCACCCCUUCCUGCUCCAGGCCAGCUCCCCGCGCUGCCUGGUGCCCCUGGUGGAGCAGUACCGCAAGCGCAUGUCCCUCUGCUGGCCUGGACGCCGCGGGGCCUUCGACGCCUCGGGGCCCCCCCUCUGGGGCUCAGUGUCCCUGGAGUGGACAUCACUUCUUCAGUCAGUGUCAUCUCCAGCCCUACCAGGACUCUAUCCUACCGCUGCCUCCACCAUGGGUGACGCGCUGAUGGCCGAGUUUGGAAAGGCUGUGAUCUAUCUCAGGAAGUCUGACAAGGAGCGCCUGGAGGCCCAAACCAGGGCUUUUGACAUCAAAACGCAGUGCUUCGUCGUAGACGAUAAAGUGGAAUAUGUCAAGGGGCAGAUCCAAAGCAAGGAAGGAGGGAAGGUUGUUGUAAAAAAGGAGGACGACACUACAGUGACAGUUCCAGAAUCUGAUGUCCAUCCACAGAACCCGCCGAAGUAUGAUAAAAUAGAGGACAUGGCCAUGUUCACCUUCCUCCACGAGCCUGCCGUGCUGUUCAACCUCAAGGAGCGGUACGCUGCCUGGAUGAUCUACACCUACUCUGGUCUCUUCUGUGUCACCGUCAACCCCUACAAGUGGCUGCCAGUGUACGAUUCAGAGGUGGUUGCGGCCUACAGAGGGAAGAAGAGGACCGAAGCUCCUCCUCACAUCUUCUCCAUCUCAGAUAACGCUUACCAGUACAUGCUCACUGACCGGGAGAACCAGUCGGUCCUCAUCACUGGAGAAUCCGGUGCUGGGAAAACCGUCAACACCAAGCGAGUCAUCCAAUACUUUGCCAGUAUCGCUGCGGUUGGCGGUGCGGUCAAGAAGGAUGCCAACAAAGGGACUCUGGAGGAUCAAAUCAUCCAGGCCAACCCUGCGCUAGAGGCCUUCGGUAAUGCCAAAACCCUGAGGAAUGACAACUCCUCUCGUUUUGGAAAGUUCAUCCGGAUUCACUUCGGGAACAGCGGCAAGCUUAGCUCUGCAGACAUCGAGACCUACCUGCUUGAAAAGUCCAGAGUCACUUUCCAGCUGAAGUCUGAGAGGAACUAUCACAUAUUCUUCCAGAUCUUGUCCAAUCAGAAGCCGGAGCUGUUGGACAUGCUGUUAAUUACCAACAACCCCUACGAUUACUCCUACAUCUCCCAAGGAGAGGUAACCGUCGCCUCCAUCAACGACUCUGAGGAGCUCAUAGGCACUGAUAGUGCGUUUGAUGUCCUCGGCUUCACCCUGGAAGAAAAGAUGGGGGUGUACAAGCUGACUGGUGCCAUCAUGCACUAUGGCAACAUGAGGUUCAAGCAGAAGCAGCGCGAGGAGCAGGCAGAGUCAGACGGGACUGAAGCGGCUGAUAAAUCAGCAUACCUCAUGGGUCUAAACUCGGCGGAUCUCAUCAAAGGUCUCUGCCACCCUAGGGUGAAGGUAGGGAAUGAAUAUGUCACCAAAGGUCAAGGGGUGGAUCAGGUCUACUACUCCCUUGGUGCGCUGGCUAAGUCAGUGUAUGAGAAGAUGUUUAACUGGAUGGUGGUGAGGAUUAACCACUCCCUGGAAACCAAGCAGCACCGACAGCACUUCAUAGGAGUGCUGGACAUUGCAGGUUUUGAGAUCUUUGACUUCAACACCUUUGAGCAGCUCUGCAUUAAUUUCACAAAUGAAAAACUGCAGCAGUUUUUCAAUCACCACAUGUUUGUCCUGGAACAGGAAGAGUACAAGAAGGAAGGCAUUGAUUGGGAGUUCAUUGACUUUGGGAUGGAUUUGCAGGCCUGCAUUGACCUCAUUGAGAAGCCCCUGGGCAUCAUGUCUAUUCUGGAGGAAGAGUGCAUGUUCCCCAAAGCCAGUGACCAGACGUUUAAGUCUAAGCUCUAUGACAAUCACCUGGGCAAAAACAAAAUGUUUGAGAAGCCUAGACCUGCAAAGGGAAAAGCGGAGGCCCACUUUGCUCUGGUUCACUAUGCUGGGACAGUCGACUACAACAUUGGCAACUGGCUGGUGAAAAACAAAGAUCCUUUGAAUGAGACGGUGGUGGGGCUCUUCCAGAAGUCCUCCCUCAAGCUUCUCAGUGUGCUCUUCUCCAGCUGUGCAUCCGAAGCUGACAAGGGGGGCAAAGGCGCCAAAAAGAAAGGCUCCUCCUUCCAGACAGUGUCAGCCCUUCACAGAGAAAACCUGAACAAGCUCAUGUCCACCCUGAAAACCACACAUCCACACUUUGUCCGCUGUCUGAUUCCGAAUGAGAAGAAAACUCCAGGAAUCAUGGACAACUGCCUGGUGAUGCAUCAGCUCCGCUGUAACGGUGUCCUGGAAGGCAUCAGGAUCUGCAGGAAGGGCUUCCCCAACAGGGUCCUGUACGGGGACUUCAAACAGCGGUACAGAAUCUUAAAUGCUUCUGCCAUUCCCGAUGGACAAUUCAUGGACAACAAAAAGUGUGCAGAGAAGCUGUUGGGGUCGCUGGACAUCGACCACACCCAGUACAGGUUUGGCCACACCAAGGUCUUCUUCAAGGCAGGUCUGCUAGGUACAUUAGAGGAGAUGCGAGAUGAGCAACUGUCCCGCAUUAUCACAAGGAUCCAAGCCAAUGCCAGGGCAAUUUUAAUGAGAGCUGAGUUUGUCAAGCUUGUGGAGCGCAGAGAUGCUCUGUUGUUGAUUCAGUGGAACCUUCGUUCUUUCCUGGGGGUGAAGAACUGGCCUUGGAUGAAGCUUUUCUUCAAGAUCAAGCCCUUGCUGAAGAGCGCAGAGUCAGAGAAGGAGAUGGCCAACAUCAAGGAUGAAUUCAACACGAUGAAACAAGCCUUGGAAAAAUCGGAGGCCCGAAGGAAGGAACUAGAGGAGAAAAUAGUGACGGUUCUCCAAGAGAAAAAUGACCUGACAAUGCAGAUUCAGUCCGAACAGGAUACAUUAACCGACGCGGAGGAGCGCUGCGAACAGCUCAUCAAGAGUAAGAUUCAACAGGAAGCAAAGUUGAAAGAGAUUACUGAAAGGAUGGAGGAUGAGGAAGAGAUGAACGCUGAUCUCACUGCCAAAAGGCGGAAGCUUGAAGACGAAUGCUCCGAGCUGAAAAAGGACAUUGACGACCUUGAGCUGACAUUAGCCAAGGUCGAAAAGGAGAAACACGCCACUGAAAACAAGGUGAAGAAUCUCACGGAGGAGCUGGCUUCUCAGGAUGAUAACAUCCUGAAGCUUAGCAAGGAGAAGAAAGCCUUACAAGAGGCCCACCAGCAGGCUCUGGACGACCUUCAGAGUGAAGAGGACAAGGCCAACACCCUCACCAAGGCCAAGGUCAAGUUAGAGCAGCAGGUCGAUGACCUGGAGGGUUCCCUGGAACAAGAGAAGAAGGUCAGGAUGGAUCUGGAACGUUCAAAGCGAAAGCUGGAAGGCGACCUGAAACUCAGUCAGGAGAGUUUGAUGGACCUGGAGAACGACAAACAGCAACUGGAGGAGAAGCUGAAAAAGAAAGACUUUGAAACGUCGCAGUUGAACGGACGAAUAGAAGAUGAGCAGGUGGUCAGCGUCCAGCUGCAGAAAAAGCUGAAGGAGAACCAGGCAAGGAUUGAGGAGCUCGAGGAGGAGCUUGAUGCUGAGCGGGCAGCCCGGGCCAAAGUGGAAAAGCAGCGCUCCGAUGUUUCCCGUGAGCUGGAGGACAUCAGUGAGCGUCUAGAAGAGGCCGGGGGCGCCACCUCGGCUCAAGUGGAGCUCAACAAGAAGAGAGAUGCUGAGUUCCAGAAAGUCCGCAGGGAGUUGGAGGAGUCUACACUUCAACACGAGGCCACUGCUGCAGCACUGAGGAAGAAGCAUGCUGACAGCGUUGCUGAACUGGGUGAACAGAUUGACAACCUUCAGCGAGUCAAGCAGAAGCUGGAAAAGGAAAAAACUGAACUGAAACUGGAGCUGGAUGACAUAUCAUCCAACAUGGAGUGUGUGGUCAAAAACAAGUCCAAUAUUGAGAAGAUAUGCCGCUCAAUGGAGGACAACAUGAAUGAGUUCAAGAGCAAGUAUGAGGAGGCUCAGAGGACGAUCAAUGACUUCACCACCCUGAGAGCCAAACUUCUCACUGAAAACGGGGAACUGGGACGUCAGCUGGAGGAGAAGGAGUGCCUGGUGUCACAGCUCACUAGGGGGAAGCUCUCCUACACCCAGCAGCUGGAAGACCUCCGCAGACAGCUGGAGGAGGAGGUCAAGGCGAAGAACGCCCUUGCCCACGUGGUGCAGUCGGCUCGUCACGACUGUGACCUCCUGAGAGAACAGUUCGAGGAGGAGCAGGAGGCCAAGGCUGAGCUGCAGAGGGCGCUGUCCAAAGCCAACAUUGAGGUCUCAACCUGGCGGACCAAAUACGAAACAGACGGGAUCCAGCGCACAGAGGAGUUAGAAGAGGCCAAGAAGAAGCUGGUCCAGCGUCUUCAGGAGGCGGAGGAAGCCAUCGAGGCUGUGAACGCAAAGUGUUCCUCCCUGGAGAAGACCAAACACCGCCUCCAAAAUGAAAUCGAAGAUCUCAUGUUGGACCUUGAGCGAUCCAACGCAGCGUCCACAGCUCUCGACAAGAAGCAGCGGUCGUUUGACAAAGUGAUGGCCGAGUGGAAGCAGAAGUUUGAGGAGUCUCAAUGUGAGCUGGAGGCGAGCCAGAAGGAGGCUCGCUCUCUGAGCACAGAGCUCUUCAAACUAAAAAACGCCUAUGAGGAGUCUCUGGAUCAGCUAGAGACCAUGAAGAGAGAGCACAAGAUCCUCCAGGAAGAGAUCUCUGACCUCACUGACCAGCUCGGCGAGGGCGGGAAAAACACCCAUGAGCUGGAGAAACUCCGGAAGCAGCUGGAGCAGGAGAAGACGGAGCUUCAAUCAGCACUCGAGGAGGCAGAGGGCUCUCUUGAGCACGAGGAGGGCAAGAUCCUCCGGGCCCAGCUGGAGUAUAACCAGGUGAAGGCCGACAUGGAACGGAAGGGUUCUGAGAAGGAUGAGGAGAUGGAUCAGGCCAAGAGAAACUACCAACGGAUAAUCGAUUCCCUCCAGUCUUCUCUGGAAUCUGAGACAAGGAGCCGCAACGAGGCGCUCCGCGUCAAGAAGAAGAUGGAGGGUGACCUCAAUGAAAUGGAGGUCCAGCUGAGCAAAUCCAACCGACAGGCGGCCGAUGCACAGAAGCAGCUCAAAGUCAUCCAGGCAUACCUGAAAGAUACCCAGAUACAUCUGGACGACGCAACCCAUGGGAACGAUGAUCUCCGAGAGAACAUCGCUCUGGUGGAACGGCGGAAUAAUCUGAUCCAGGCGGAGCUGGAGGAGCUGAGGUCAGCUCUGGAGCAGACGGAACGAGGCAGGAAGCUGGCGGAGCACGAGCUGACCGAGGCCACAGAGCGCAUGCAGCUCCUUCACUCACAGAACACCAGCCUCAUCAACCAGAAGAAGAAGCACGAGGCGGAUGUUCUCCACCUGCAGUCUGAGGUGGAGGACGCCAUACAGGAGAACCGCAACGCCGAAGAGAAGGCGAAGAAGGCCAUCACUGACGCUGCCAUGAUGGCAGAGGAGCUGAAGAAAGAGCAGGACACCAGCGCCCACCUGGAGCGCAUGAAAAAGAACAUGGAGCAGACGAUCAAGGACCUGCAGCACCGCCUGGACGAAGCCGAGCAGGUCGCCAUGAAAGGUGGGAAGAAGCAGCUUCAGAAGCUGGAGGGACGCAUCAAGGAGCUGGAGAACGAGUUGGAGACGGAGCAGAAGAGAGGCACGGAGACCGUCAAAGGGGUGCGCAAGUACGAGCGCCGCAUCAAGGAGCUCACCUACCAGACGGAGGAGGACCGCAAGAACCUGGCCCGCGUGCAGGACCUGGUGGACAAGCUGCAGCUCAAGGUCAAGUCCUACAAACGCUGUGCGGAGGAGGCCGAGGAGGCGUCCAACGUAAACAUCGCCAAGCUCCGCAAACUACAGCAUGAGCUGGAGGAGGCGGAGGAGCGGGGGGACAUCGCUGAGUCUCAGGUGAACAAGCUGCGGGCGAAGACCAGGGACAGCUCCUCAAAGAAGGGUCUCGACGAGUAACACGCCCACCGAUGAUCCUCUACUCCGUUUGGUGGACAUUGACCCAUGUGAUGUGUCUGUUGCCAUGGGGAACACAGCUAGCAGCAAGCCUUGCGCUGGAUUUGCCUAACCAGGACUAAAGUAUUCAAACUACAAAUUGCCUUUCGAUGCUCAGAAUGAUGCUUUACCAGAAACAAAAUAUAUCUAAACCUGAAGUUCUUUUUCUCCAUAGUUUAGGCCUGGUUGUAAACAUUGAAUGCCUUUUAUAUCACAUGUUAGUCCUAUAUUUUACUAUUAAGUGUUUUGUUUUAUUGAUAUUACACACUUCAUCACCCCUACAGGUAGUGCGUCGUUUCGGUAUUACCUGUAAUUGGACUCACCUGGUCAAAGUUUAGCAAAGUUAGACCGAGGGAGAAAACUCAAAGAACGAAACUGCAAACUGAAAGUAAUGGCAAUAUAAAACGCAAUUGUUCUUGGUUAAUAGUUAAUAGUUAGAAUAGGAAAGCUCGGCCAUUGAUACCAGUUUAAGCUAUUAUAUUUUAGAAUAAAUUAUUUUUACCAUAUCCCUGCAGUGAAAAUCAAUGAACGCAGCUGGUUAUUAAUUGAUGGGUAGAAGGAAAUUCAAUAUUUUGAAACGUCUAUUGUACUUGUAAUUCCCAUCAAUGUAUUGUACUCCUGACAGAAAAAUAAAACCAUUCAAUUAGGCCUAGUUAAAAACAAUGCAUUAUAUUGAUAAAUGUGCUUCAGUGCGUCAGAAUACAAAAUGUAGGCCUAUAUGUAACGCAUAACAUUAAAUCUUUAAUUUCA